UCAUAGAAGGUAUUGUUGCAAACAUCCUCUCCUUGGAAACAUCGACUCUGUCAUGAAAUGAUCGCUAACUAACCACAAGAUUUGGAGGCGUAAAAUGAUCUUAAUGAGGGUCGAUUAACCGUGGAAAAAUAUUUUACGAUGCGUCUCCUCGUCAAAUGUGCCAUUGUAAUUGCAUUGUCUGCAACAGGGAUAAAGGGACGCGAAUGCAUCGGAAGGAAAUGCCGAGAAAGACCCCUAGUUGACGACGUACCACAGAACUGUUUCACGCCUCUGCUUCCUUGGCUGUGCAGGAUUGGGCAUUUGUGUUGCAGCUAUAAAGAUUCCAAUGGAAACAUCUACAAGGGUAAUCCCAAGAGGAAGUGUCCAGCAUCCUCGGCAAGAUGCGAGACACGUGGGGGGACGUGUCUGAACGUCAGAGACACGUGCCUGACCGCCGAUGUCCCUAGGCUGUGCGCAGGAGAUUCCUGCUCGUGUUGCGUCGGGGACCACAGGCGCUGCACAUCGACCCCCAACCCCCAAGUGCCGCUUCCAGGGGGAUAUUGCUUCAGGGGACAGCACAAGGUCUUCUGCCCUUCGAAGCAGGUCAUGAAGGAGGGCUGCUCCGGGAGGAGAUGCGCCUGCUGUUUUACAGAUCGUAAAUGCAGUUGCGGGAAAGCACUAGAAUCGACUCGCAUCCUUGGGGGCCAGCCGGUCCAAGCCUAAGAACAAGUAUCCGUGGAGGGUGGG